AAUCCAAAGCGCGGUCUGGCUUUUGCUGCUGGCGACACCCCUGGUGACCUCAACAACGCCAACCAAUCUGCGAGCGUCAUUAGCUGGCAAUAUAAUUGGGCGGACUCUCCCCCAGAUUACCUUGUCGAAUCGAAUAUCAAGUACAUUCCGAUGCAAUGGGGCGGAGCUGGUCUCGACAGCUUUGCAGACCAAGUGAAAGCUCAGAGGGCUGAUACGAUCCUUGUCCUCCCGAAGACAUUCAAUGAGCCUGACUUCGUCUCAGAGUCAAAUAUGGACCCUGUGUAUGCCGCGAAGCUGUGGAUGACGUCCAUCCAGCCCAUGAAAGCCGCUGGCGUUCGGUUGGGUGGACCCGCGGUCACUGCGUCGGAUAAUGGCCAGCAAUGGCUCCAAGCCUUCCUUGCUGCCUGUUCCGGCUGCACGAUCGAUUUUCUCCCUCUGCACUGGUACGUGUAUGGGCCCGGUGUAGAGGGGUUCUACAGCUACAUCUGGCAAAUGCAUAAUACGUAUCCUCAAUAUCCCAUCUGGAUCACAGAGUACGCUUCAACGUCAACGGAUAGUUCAGUCGUAGCCGACUUUCUGAACCAGACAAUCACAUACAUGGACACUUUGGAUUGGAUCGAGCGAUAUUCGUGGUUUGGCUACUUC